AUGGGCUUGAGCCUCAUCCGCGCGCCAGCUAGCCCGCUGUCACGUUUAAUUAGUCUCGCGUUAGUGCGGACUAGAGUAGUUCCCAACGUCAAUCUCCAAAACGAGCACUACUCGAUACCGUUAUCGUUGAUAUUACCCGUCGGCUCGGGCUGUUCUUUGUCUCCAACCGUUGGAGAUUUUUCGGGUCGGGCUCAUGAGCUGCUAGAUAUAGUCUUGGGCGGGUUGUGGGGUUGUGGGAUCCCAUAA